UCCCCGCUCAGGCACUUCUUUCUUAUCCAUCUUUCUUUCUCGCUCUCGACACAGCGCGACGGAGAGCAGUAUCUUCUGCUGUUCCGAGGAGUUGGCAGUGGCAUCGGGGACGGCGGAUCACGCGUGAGUGGAACUGAGACGCAGACGACAGCGAGAUGUAUUCGAAGACCAUCAACAGCCAACAGGCGAGCCAGGAACACGUACUCGCCGUGUCCCGGGACUUCAUCGCGCAGCCCCGGCUCACUUAUAAGACAGUAUCUGGAGUAAACGGUCCACUGGUGAUAUUGGACGAAGUGAAGUUCCCAAAGUAUGCCGAGAUCGUACAGCUGAAGCUUGCAGAUGGCUCAUUACGUUCUGGCCAAGUGCUCGAGGUGUCCGGCUCCAAAGCUGUGGUCCAAGUGUUCGAGGGCACAUCGGGUAUUGACGCGAAGAACACUCACUGCGAAUUCACCGGUGAUAUCCUGCGGACCCCAGUAUCCGAGGACAUGUUGGGCCGUGUGUUCAACGGCUCAGGCAAACCGAUUGAUAAGGGCCCGCCGAUCUUGGCGGAGGAUUACUUGGACAUCCAAGGUCAGCCUAUCAAUCCAUGGUCGCGUAUCUAUCCAGAAGAGAUGAUUCAAACGGGAAUAUCAGCCAUCGAUGUUAUGAACUCCAUCGCUCGUGGUCAGAAGAUUCCUAUUUUCUCCGCUGCUGGUCUGCCGCAUAAUGAGAUCGCCGCACAAAUCUGCCGUCAAGCAGGCCUCGUGAAGGUACCCGGCAAGUCCGUGCUGGACUCGCACGAGGACAACUUCGCCAUCGUGUUCGCGGCGAUGGGUGUCAACAUGGAGACAGCGCGUUUCUUCAAGCAGGACUUCGAGGAGAACGGCUCGAUGGAAAAUGUGUGCCUCUUCCUGAACUUGGCCAACGACCCGACAAUCGAGCGCAUCAUCACGCCACGUCUCGCCCUGACUGCGGCCGAGUUCCUGGCGUAUCAGUGCGAGAAGCACGUGCUGGUCAUCCUCACCGACAUGUCGUCGUACGCUGAAGCUUUGCGCGAGGUCUCAGCCGCUCGCGAAGAGGUGCCGGGUAGGCGCGGUUUCCCCGGUUACAUGUACACCGAUCUGGCGACCAUCUACGAGCGCGCCGGACGUGUCGAAGGUCGCAACGGCUCCAUCACGCAGAUCCCGAUUCUCACUAUGCCGAACGACGACAUCACUCACCCGAUUCCCGAUCUCACGGGCUACAUCACCGAGGGCCAGAUUUACGUCGACCGUCAACUGCACAACCGGCAGAUCUAUCCGCCUGUCAACGUGCUGCCGUCUUUGUCGCGUCUCAUGAAGUCCGCCAUUGGCGAGGGCAUGACGCGAAAGGACCACUCUGAUGUGUCUAAUCAGCUGUACGCUUGUUACGCCAUCGGGAAAGACGUGCAGGCCAUGAAAGCCGUGGUGGGAGAGGAAGCGUUGACGCCGGACGACUUGCUGUAUCUGGAGUUCUUGUCGAAGUUCGAGAAGAACUUCAUCUCCCAAGGCAGUUACGAGAAUCGCACGGUGUUCGAGUCGUUGGACAUCGGCUGGCAGCUCCUGCGAAUCUUCCCCAAGGAAAUGCUUAAGCGAAUCCCGGCCAGCACUCUCGCGGAAUUCUACCCGAGGGACUCGCGUCAUUAAUUAAUCGCCGUUUUAUUUAUGAGAGUCUAGCCUUAUAUAUAGCCGUAUAUAACAUCAGAUCGUUGGAAGUUUUUGAGAUGAAACGGCGAAAGUCACACGCGUUAUUAUUACCAGUCUGCGACCCUCUGUUCAUCUGACAUUGAUUAGAACAAAGAAAGAUUAACUAUACUCACGUAUUCAAAGAGUACAUCGACGUAAUUUGACAAGAGAAUAAUUCAAACGACGCUUGCUCUUUUGGGAAGAAAGUAAUUGAAGAAAGAGUGACGCGCUUUGUUACACGCUAUGAAUAUUUAACGGUACAAGCUACAGGAUCGUUUCCUUUUUUCUUUUUUUUUUUCCGUUUCUUGGAUGUGCAAUGAAAAAGUGAGGAGUCAAUAUCGUUCGACAAUUUAACAGCGGAGCUAGCUCGGAAUCCUACGGACGGAUCUGUAGUCGCGGUUCCGGUGCUGUGUGUGUUGCCUAUCGUGAAAAUAAAAACUGCGAAUAUAUCGUUUCAACUUUAACGUAUGCCUCUCGUGCUUAGAGCGGUGCUCACUCACGCUAAGCCGACCAUUGUAAAGUGUAAUAUAUCAUUCAGUAUUAACAUAGAAGAAAAGUAUAGCAGGACACGUAGUUCGUGAACACAUUGUACUUGCGUUUCCUACAUUCCACUUGCGAAAUUCACAUGCAACAUGUUUUAUGCGUUUGAACCAAAUCCAACGGAGAGAUGUGUAACAAGAAAUGUACAGAUACUUAUUUAGAGGACGUUCUGAGCGAAACAUUAUCGUGUAUUGUCUCUACGAAAGGCAAGAUGUAUAUGUUAGAAAUAGAGAAUUAAAGAAAUAUUGUUGUCUUUGGAUCGUUA